AUGCCGCGACCGAAGAACCAGCGGUCUGUGGGCGCGGACCGCAAGCGGCUCGCCAGGGAGGAAGCGGAUACGGACGCCGCGGAGCUCAUGUCGCAGGGCCAGGACGGCGCCGAGCGUGACGGGGCCGACCUCGCCGACGGCCGCGAGGCACGAGGGACCCGCCCUGCCCUUGUUGUCCAUCUGGCUAUGUGGGACCUGGGGCAGUGCGACAAGAAGCGGUGCACGGGGACGCGGCUCGAGCGGCAGGGCGCCGUGUCGGAGCUGCGGCUCGGCCAGGGCUUCCCCGGCGUCGCGCUCACGCCCGUGGGGCGGCAAUGUGUGUCGAACGACGACAGGGAGGCCAUCGGGCGACACGGGCUGGCCGUCGUGGACUGCUCGUGGAACAAAAUCGACACCGUGCCGUUCGGGAAGUGCAAGGCGCGGAUGCCACGGCUACUUCCGUGGCUGGUCGCCGCGAACCCCGUGAACUACGGCAAGCCGUGCAAGCUGUCGUGCGCGGAGGCUCUCGCGGCGGCGCUCUACAUCUGCGGCUGGCCGGACGACGCCAUCAACCUGAUGUCGCGCUUCAAGUGGGGCCACUCCUUCUUCAGCGUCAACGCCGAGCUCCUCGACCGCUACGCCGGCUGCGAACACGGCCACCAAGUCAUCGCGGUGCAGGACGCGUUUCUCGCCGCCGCCGCGGAGAACGCCGGCCCGCCGCGGAUACCCGGCGCUGCCGAGGGCGACGACGACUGGCUCGGCCGGCCGGGGGAGCUGCCGCCUUCCAGCAGCGACGCCGAGGCGGGGAGUGAGGAUGGAGAGACGGGGGGAGUCAGCCCACCCCCCCUCGGCGACGGCGCCGCCGUGGCCACGGAAAGCGUCGCAGCGCUCGCACUGGAAUCUACGAAGCCGUGCUGA